AUGUGGUUCCCUACCGACCAUCGCCCGCCUAGCACCCAGGUGACGCCGCGAAAGGAGCGCCGCCUGCCGAAGCUCGAUCGUCCGGGAGGCGUUUCCGGUUGGAGCUCGGAUAUCAGUAAACCCAGCAAGGCAAGCAAAACGAGUAAAGGAAGCAAGGACAAAGUAAAAACAGGAAACAAAGCCAUGUCUGGUGCCGCUGUACCGACAGUGUCGAAACCACCGACCGGCGAAACUUCCCGCAAUGGUAACCAUUCUACAACGGAUAAACCGUUCUUCGUUGAGGACGAGCGGAAGUCGAAGAUCACCGUGAUAUCGCUGAAAUCAAACCGAACGUCACGUACUGUGCAGACGACGCAGUCUAGCCUUACGCCUCGGGAAAGAAGCCUGUUCUGGUCCGCCCCGUAUUUCCUCCACGCUGGUGGUCUUGCUGUCCCACUAUCCCCGUCCCUCUACAGACGGGACCUCUGGGAAGCCACAAUUAAGCGCAUCAUCGCUUCCGGUCUGAGCGCCGCCACUUGGCUGCUCUUCCUGUUCGGCGUGUUCCUUCCGUUUUGGAGCGUCUACACGUACACAUCUGUUGGCGUCUCCACCGGCUACUACGGCGGCCUCUGGAACUACUGCGAGCGCUCCUCUACCAUCGGCACCCGCUGCACAACCUUCGCCGAGGCUGACCUGGCGCACUGGUUCCGGGCGGCGAGGGGCCUCGAGCUGCUUGCGUUCCUUGGGUCCCUGGGGCUGGUCGCCCUCGUGGUGGCAUUCAUGUUCUUCCUCAGAGAGGUCAAGUACGCCUUCAUUCAGUGGAUUAUCGUCGGGCUCUGCUUCGGAAUCGCCAUAUGUUCGCUGACGGGGAUGAUCGUGUAUGGUGCAUGUGAGGCGGACUCCAGCCGCCUCAGUAGUGCGUUUGGACUCACUGUCUGCGCCUUCCUGGGCGCAUGUGCGGCCGGCGCCAUUUUUCUGUGGGACAAAAUCGAUCAGAAAAAUGAACCUGAUCCCGCGACAAUGAGUUUUAGGGGGUUGUCCGCGAUCCCCAGCUCUCACGGCAACCGAGAUAACGGAAGUCGCCUAUCGCGCGUGCGUAGUACUCGGUCCAUGGGGCAGAGCCAAAUAAGUCACGUGCCCUCGACCAGUACGAAGAUAGGCGCCAGCCAUUUGGCCACUGUUCACCAACCUUCGCCUCCCAAAGAAGUGGAAGUGAAAGUAUAAACGGAGUUUUGCAUUGUUUGAACAUUUCUUCUUUGAUACAUAUAUCCAGUUUAAUUUAAAUACGUGAGUGUAAAUGUUACAUUGUGAUAAAAUUAUUUUGUUACGUGAUAUUUUUAGUAUAUAUACCGUGUGAGACGAUACAUGACAAGUGUGAGUUUUGAUUUAUCUCCUGUGUAUUUUUAUUGAAUGCUUAAGUUUGUUGAUUCUGCGAUGAAAUGACUGCAUGUUUUAUUUGUGUUAAAUAUGUAAAACACAUCAACGGAUUGUAAUUCAGACCAAUCCGCAAUCUCAAAAUUACACUGAUACUCCUUAUUCUUGUUUUACAUUAGACGUACAACCAUUUAACAACUUGCGCAACUUUUAAACAGAUCGUGAUUCGAUACAUGUAAUAAGUUUUAUUGUAUAAUUACUAUUGUUGGAAAAAUAUCAAGCCAUUGACAUGUGUUUUACAGAAGUGUUAUCUGUAAGCAUUGUAUACAUUUUACAUUUAUUUAUUUUUCAUACAGUGUUAUACAGUAAACAAAAUUACAGAGCAAGCGCAGUUAUACACUUAUAUGAUGUAAAUUUUACAGAGCAAACGCAGUUAUACACGCAUAUGAUGUAAACUUUACAGAGCAGUUAUACACGCAUCGAAUGUUCAAUAUAUGCUAAGCGCUGGUAAAGGACACGAACAUCUUGCCAUGCAACUUUGCAUUCAACCACAAGCAAAAACAAAUUCAAACUACAGCACAUGUCAAUGAAAAUAUGAAAAAGCACGCAAACAUGGAAUAAGAAAUACAACGGGCAAUUGAUUUACCGUUUUUUUCUAAACAGUCAAAUCAUAAAAAUGUCACGGUGGUUGAAUGCGUUAUUUAUAGCCUCGACAUCCUUCAGUGAUACUUUGGUUUUCGGGAAGAAAAUUUCAAUAAAGGAAUACUCUUGGUAUGCAUUCGAUUGAGAGGCGAAUAGUUUAGUGUUAUACAUUUUUACACAGCGAAAUUUCCGAGGUUCGAUUCACAACAUUUUAACUAUU